AUGUCCAGCCUUUCGUCGGGCGGUGCUACUCCCAUUGUCACUGUCAACAUAACUCCCCGUGGCCACGAUCCCAAGUAUCAUCACACUCGCACACCAUACAAUAUGUCGAGUCUCACUUUCCCUUCAAAGAUGAUUGCCUCUGGCAAGAUAUCUUUUGCCACAGAUAGUGCAGUCAAAAAUUCUGAAGAUACUAUUCGUGAGCACGCUGAACGGCAGAUUAGCUAUGAAUUUAACAUUCCCGCAGUGAAUCUAAAGUUCUUCAAAGAAUGCAUCGAGAAAGUGAAGCAGAUGAUGGACAAGUUAUCUAUAUAUUCCAGACUUCCGCUGUCGACGGCGUCUUUGUUAAGAAGAUUGCCAUCGGCCCGUUCGAGGCCAAUGGACCUAUCUAUCGACACCGAUGCCUCGACUGCCACAAUUCAAAUCUAUUUGAAUUUGCCUAUUAUUGGACUCCUCCUCCUCUCCCAAGCCAUGGGUUCUCUCAGGUUCAACAGCGACAUUGAAGUUGACUUCAAUGUCGCACCCGGAGGCCUGGUGUCGGAUAUCGCAGGUAUCAAGGUGGAUACAAACAACGAUGUCCUCGUGUUCUGGGACUUCACUUCUCUUGGAGUGGAGACAAAGGGCUCCCAUGUUAUUUUCCACAUCUGA